AUGAGCUCAAAUUCAUCUAAUUUUCUCGUGUUACUAAAAACUUUUACCGAAUCGCUAGAGCGUGCUUUUGCGGUGAACGACAUCGAUGUGCUGAAGGCGGAUUACGAUGCAGCGCGGGCCAGUGAUAACGACAAAAAGACAGCCCUGCAUCAGGCGUUUCGCGAUAUGUUACUCACGAAGGCGGAAGACAUACCGGCGAUCGAGUGUUUCAUUAGCUUUGCGGUGAACUCCUGUCGGAAGGAUAUGACCGUCGCUACGAUGCCGGUUGUACUGCUCGGUGACAUCUUCGACGCGGUUACGCUGGACCGGGCCGAACAGAUAUUCACGUACGUCGAGAACAAUGUGGCAAUCUGGAAGGAAGAAUUUUUCUUCACCGCCUGUAAGCACAAUCUGCUCCGGAUGUGUAACGAUCUGUUGCGGCGACUUUCCCGCUCCCAGAAUACAGUAUUCUGCGGUCGGAUAUUGUUGUUUCUCGCCAAAUUUUUCCCCUUCUCCGAGCGCAGCGGGUUGAACAUAAUUUCGGAGUUUAAUCUGGAAAACAUCACCGAGUACGGUAUGGAUGGGAAUGAGAUGAUUGUGGAGCAACUGUCCGGUGGUACGGAUGCGGAAGCAGAUGGCGAAGCGGAAGAGAACAAACUGAAGAUUGACUACAAUUUGUACUGCAAGUUUUGGGCACUGCAAGACUUUUUCCGCAAUCCAAACCAGUGCUACAGCAAGGUUCAGUGGAAAACGUUUGAAACGCAUGCGAAAAGUGUGCUGUCCGCAUUUAGUAGCUUCAAGCUAGAGGAACACCGAGCAUCCAGCACUACCUCGAAAUCGAACGACGGAAUCACUGCCGCCCAUUGCCCAAUGGAGGAGGAUGAGAUCCGAGAGUCGGGUCACUUUUUCGCAAAAUUCCUCACCAACCCGAAGCUACUUUCGCUACAGCUUUCCGAUUCCAAUUUCCGGCGCUCGGUGUUGGUACAGUUCCUAAUCCUGUUUCAGUACCUUAAUUCGACGGUGAAGUUUAAGACCGAAACGCACGUACUCACACAGCCGCAGUGCGAUUGGUUGAAGGAAACGGAAACACAGGUCUACCAGCUGAUCGAAGAAUCACCACCGAAUGGGAAAAAGUUUGCCAACACCGCCCGUCACAUGCUUUUGCGCGAAGAACUGUGGAACAGCUGGAAGAACGAAGGAUGUAAGGAAUUUAAACGUCCUGAAGCGGUGGUGGAGGAUUCGGGUUCAUCGACGGGACCGAAUGCGACGACGGGUGGAGGUACCGCAUCGGCAGGAAGUUCUUCUACGCCUGGAAGUGGUCGACCACCGGCUAAACGACCCCGCAAACCGCUAGGCGAUCUGAUCCGUGAUGCGACCCGGCAGGGAAAAUUCUACAUGGGCAACCCGGAGAUUACGCGCCUGUGGAACCUUUGUCCCGAUAAUCUGCAGGCAUGUAAAGGCACCGACCGUAACUUUCUUCCGUCGCUUGAGACGUACCUGGAAAAUCCAAAGGAAAAACAAGACCCAUCGUUCGAAUGGCGUGCAUUGCGACUACUGGCCCGGCAAUCACCCCACUUCUUCACACUGUUCAACACACCCUCGUACAAAGUGUCCGAUUACUUGGAAAGCGUACGGAAGAAGAUCCAGAAGGACAAGCUGGACAUUAAGCUGGAGCAUGCGAUUCAGGAAGAAACGGCCCCAACAAACGCCGAACAAGGGCCGGAAGCGGAGGGUGAAGGUCUGGUGGGUGAGGAAGAACAGGAACAGAUGGACACGGAACUGUUAAAAACGGAGCAGCUAACACCGGAGGACAAAAAUACACACAAGACGCUUGCGGUGACGAAGGAACAGCUGUCUGAGCUGGCCCCGAGUAUUGGACGGGAUUGGAAGAAGCUGGCAACGAAACUUGGUUACGGUGCGGAUGAGAUACAGUACUUUGAGUCGGAACAUGCCACUGUGGGGGAUCAAUGUUGUCACUUGUUGACACUGUGGUUUGACGACGAUAUGGAUGCAAGCUUGGACAAUUUGGCGUAUAUAUUGGAGGGUUUGGACAUGCUACCAGCGGCCGACGCGGUAAAACAAAUGAUUGCCCUACUCAGCGAGAAGGUAGAGGAGGUAUCGGAAUGA